AGAAUGCAAUUGUGAUGUAAGUUAUGUACUUUAUACUUGCCUCAAUGCAUUUGUUGCAUGUGAUGCUGUUGACGUAUUAGAUGACGUUUAGAUUUGACAACACUGGAUACGAUACAAGUGUUAUCAGAAUUUGUGGAAUAGUGUAAGUGUUGUUGAGUGUGAGUCAGUACACAAAGCCAGUUUUUCAGUAUGCUUCAUUGAGUGCUACGCAUCGAACGCACUAAUAACGCAUCAAUAACGCACUUUUACUUAAUAAAAUUUUGACAGUUUCUACUUCUUUAGGAAUUUUCUAUCAGUUUUUAUUCUUGAUUUACAAGUAUUAAUCGAAACUAUACAAAAUGUCUCUCUAUCCAACUCUCGAAGAUAUGAAGGUGGACCAUAUGAUGAAAGCUCAAAUGCAGGCGGAAUCCCCAUAUUUUACUCCACAACCAUUUGUAUUACCUGAACCUAUGGCACCUUCUGCUCCUGCUUUUGAUCCUUCUCCAUCUGGUCCUAUAUAUCCUUCUUUAGGAGAUUAUAUGGGCUUGGAUCUAAGCAACAAGAUGAUUGAAAACAAUGUCCCUGAAUAUACUGUUUCUACCAAAGCAAAUAUGACAGUGAGUACACCUGCAGAAACACCUAGAGCAGUACCCAAUAUGGUUGCACCACUUUCUGGACAAUCUUUGGGUCUCCAACGAGCACAUGUUACAAAUGGAAUUAGAGAGCUAACAUUAUGUAAAGAUAAAAAUGGAAGAGUGGGCCUAAGAGUACAUUCUGUAAAUAAUGGUAUCUUUGUGUGUCUUGUGAGUCAAGAAUCUCCAGCUGCACUUGCUGGGUUACGUUUUGGUGAUCAAAUUUUAAGUGUUAAUGAAGAAUGCGUAGCUGGGUAUACAAUGGAUCAAGUGCAUAAACUGUUUCGUAAUGCUGAUGUUAAUGGCAUUAAAGUUGUUGUUCGUGAUAGACCAUUUGAACGUACUGUUACUAUGCACAAGGACAGUUCUGGUUGCAUUGGAUUUCAAUUUAAAAAUGGAAAGAUAAUUGCAUUGGUAAAAGAUACUUCAGCUGCACGAAAUGGAUUAUUAAUUGAUCAUCAAAUACUAGAAAUUAAUGGCAAGAAUGUGGUUGGAUUAAAGGAUAAACAAAUAACAACAGAAAUAGAAAAUGGCGGAGAUAUUAUAACAGUUACUGUAAUUCCGUCAUAUAUUUAUGAUCAUAUGGUUAAAAAGAUGUCAAGUAGUUUAUUAAAAACAUUAAUGGAUCAUUCUGUGCCAGAUGUAUGAAGAAUUACAAGUUAAGAUAUCUACUUUUUGGUUACAUACUAUAUUUUAUAAUGAGGAGCUACAUAUGCCAAGAUAAUCUUAAUAUGUUACUAUUAUAACAUGUAUGAUAAGUAUUUUAUGUAUAUUUCAUUAUUGCACAAAAUUUGAUUGUUAUAAAGUACUCAUGCAGCACACAUAAUAUAUCAGUUCUUAUCAAGAUAUGCAUGAUAUAUUGAUCGAAAUACAAAAAAAAAA